AUGAUAUUAAGCAAAUUUACUCCUAUUUAUCUUAUUUGCUUUUUUUCUCUCUCUCUCUUCCUCUCCUCCUCUCUCUCUCUUCCUCUCCUCCUCUCUCUCUCCUCCUCCUCUCUCUCUUCCUCCCCUCAUGUCUCUCUCUCUCUUCCUCCCCUCAUGUCUCUCUCUCUCUUCCUCCCCUCAUGUCUCUCUCUCUUCCUCCCCCUCAUGUCUCCUCUCUCUCUCCCUCAUGUCUCUCUCUCUCUCCCCUCAUGUCUCUCUCUCUCUCCUCCCCUCAUCUCUCUCUCUCCCCUCAUGUCUCUCUCUCUCCCCUCAUGUCCCUCCCUCUCUCCCCUCAUGUCUCCCCUCUCUCCCCUCAUGUCUCUCUCUCCCCUCAUGUCUCUCCCUCUCUCUCAUGUCUCCUCUCUCUCCCCUCAUGUCUCUCCCUCUCUCUCCCCUCAUGUCUCUCCCUCUCUCUCCCCUCAUGUCUCUCCCUCUCUCUCCCCUCAUAACUCUCUUUGGGCUACCCCCACCCCCUCUCACUUACUAGGAAUUUCUUGUUUUUGUCUAUUGGAUUAUACCCUAAGUCUCCUUUCUCUGACUCUCUCUCUCUUCAUGGUAUCAAUUCAUUCUCCAAAUAUUUACUCUCUCUUUCUCUCUCAACAUCAACCCUACAACUGCAAAAAUCCUCUCUCUCACUCACACAAACGCGUUGCCGCACCUCUCUCUCACUCACACAAACACAUUGCCGCGCAUCUCUCGCACUCACACAAACGCGUUGCUGCCUCUCGCACAGAACGCGUCGCUGCCUCUCGCACUCUCAUGUUCUUAUCUCUCAUUAAGAUACUCUAA